AUGAUUAAGUUCGCCACCGAGUUGUGGUCCAUUGCAGUUGAGUGUCGGCACUCACCACUUCCACUCCUGGCUGGCCUUGAUGGUGAGCGUGAAGAUGCCCUCGCAGGCCAGCAGCAGGAUGGGCGUGGCCAGAUGAACCACACCAUUCUUGGUUGGGGCAGCCUGGUGGUUAUUCUAUUUAUUACAACAUUUGGUUUCUGGUGGUGCAUAACUAUUGCUCUGUCAUUAGCAGUAUUUUUAGUGGGUGGUCUAACAUUUUUGUGCUUGAAACAUGUUGAGGCAACACAGAAAUAUUAUAUCAAUCUAUACAGAUCAAGAACAGAGUCUCCAAAACCUGGGCUCAGUAAGGUGACAGUACUUUUGGAUGAGCCACAAAAACCUUUUAAACUAGAUCGGCGGCUUACGGGCUCUCACAUUAUAGACGAAUCACUUCAGGAGAUCAUUGGUUAUGUUCUCCGUGAUUAUGUUUCACCAUGGUAUAAUAGAGUUAGUACAGAGGAAGAAUUUCCUCAUGAAGUACGACAGACUGCUCAAAAAAUCAUUAUCACCUUUGCUUGCAAAAUGAAAGAAGUUGAUUGGAUCCCAUACUUGACAACACGGUUAGUUGAUGAUGCAGCUUCACAUUUACGUCUUUUCCGUCAAGCACGAGAAAAAGUGAAGCAAAAGUCGAAACCUGGCACUAGAUCAUCAGAUGCAAGUAGUAGUAGUACGUCCCCAGCAGAAGUGAAACGUAGUGAUCGGCAGCUUAGUACAAAGCAACAUUUGCAGUCACAGCAGCAACAGCAACAGCAGCAACAACAGCUGCAACAGCAACAACAGGAACAAAGUACUGAUGGAAAUUCUGCAGCUCUGAAUAUAAGUCCCAACAGCAUUCCUUCCAAGCUUUCAUCUACUGACCUAGAAGCUUUAUUCUUUGAUUUGGAAGUCACAAUGGAGGACAAUCUUUUGUGCAGGGACCUUGUGUGCACUGAUGGAGAAAAUGAAAAACAGUACUUGCAAGAUUUAAGUGAAGUACUACUUUUCCUCCUAAUGCCUGCUGAUGAUUUUCACUGCAAGCCUUUAAGAUUUUUGCUUCGAGAAUUGCUAGUCAGCUCAGUGGUGGUGCCCCUGCUGAGAUUAUUCUCCGAUCCAGAUUACAUCAACCAGAUCAUCAUUUGGCUGUGCAAGGAGAUCCCUUUGACCAGUGAUGUGUUUCUGACUGCCCUUCGAGUGACAGAUAACAAGGAUGAGCUUUAUGCUACUCGAGACAUUGUCACCAGAGAAAUUGCUCAACUACGUUCUCGAGAUUCUGGAGGAGAUGAUGAUGCUGCUAUUAAACAACAACUAAGCAGUCUUUUAUAUGUGCGAAAAGUUAUUGAUAAUAGAUUACAACGGCUUAAAGAAGGCAGUGACACAGAUUCUGUUGGCCUUCCAUCUCAUAUUGACUGGAAUCGAUUAUUGACCCCAGGAUGUAAAUUAUUCUCAUUACCCUUAGAUGUUGUGUUGAAGAACAACAUAGCCUUGGCAUAUUUUAUUGAUUAUAUGACGAGCAUUGGCGCUCAGGCCUAUCUUUUCUUCUACCUGAAUGUUGAAGGAUGGCGUGUUUCAGCAGAACAACAAAUUUCAGACCAUGAGUUACAGAAAUUAAAAGGAUCUGGUGAUUUAAAGCAAACCAACCCCACUUUGGAAAAUAUGAAAGAAGCUGCUUACAGUAUUUUUGAACAAUAUCUUUCUGAAAAGGCAUCACCAAGAUUACGUAUUGAAGAAACUCUCAUUAAGAAAUUGCUGUUUAGAAUGCGAUCUGAACCUCCUAAUGAAACUUGGUUUGAUGAAGUCCAAGCUGCUGUUUAUGAUAAGUUGCAAUCUGAAGAUCGCUUUCUUCCUGGAUUCCGAGUCAGCAUUGGAUAUGUCAAGUUGCUUGCAGAAUUAGAUUUGCUUAAGGAUCCGUCUUCACGAAGCGAUGAAGAAGAUUCCCAGUCUCUUGAUGAAAUGAGCCUCUCUGACAAUGUUAGUUUGGCAUCUUUUGAUUCAGAUGUGGCUGUGUCUGAACCACCAUCUGUCAGUGCAGGAGCUAUUGCAGCUUCUGUAGAAGCAUCUAUUGCACCCAUCUUAGCCAGUUCAUCUCAUGCAUCAGUAGGAGAAGGAGCUCCUAGUAAGUCAAGCAUCAGCAUGGAUGUACCAUCAAAACAGCAGUUGCAGCAAGGUCCAUUUACUCUCCAGGCAGAAAUAAUUGAAACAGGUAUUGUGAAUGACCAUGGGAAAACCUAUGGAAUAUAUGCUGUUGCUGUGGCUAAAGUCUUUGAAAAUGGAUAUCAAGAAAAAUGGCAUGUAUAUAGAAGAUAUUCUGAUUUCCAUGAUCUCUAUCAAAAAGUUAAAGAGAAGUAUGGAGACCUGGGUAAAUUGACAUUUCCUGGAAAAAAGACCUUUCAUAAUAUGGAACGAGCGGUUUUAGAAAAACGCAUGAAAAUGCUGAAUGACUACUUGCAAAUUCUUCUCCAAGCUGGAGUUGUGGAAACUCAUCCACAGUUGCAGGGCAUGCUUCUGCAAUUUCUAGAACAAGGUGAUUAUGACAAAGGUGUGACUGGAGGUCAUAUUUCUCGAACCUUUGAUACUUUGGUGAAUCCACUGAAAAGCUCGAUGCGUACAAUGGGACAGGCUGUUCGCACAAUGCCUGAUAAUUUGCUUAGUACUGUAGAUGGUGUAAUGGAUGGCAUCAGUAAAGUCUUCCAGACCAGAUCAAUUCGUCCAUCAGGAUUUUACGAGUCAAUGAAAGUUGGAGCAUCCUUACAUAUUGAGACUGAUGAUAACAUUCCAUUGAGAAUCAUGUUACUACUUAUGGAUGAAGUGUUCGAUUUGAAAUCUCGGAAUCAGUGGCUUCGACGUCGGAUUGUUACCUUGUUGCGGCAGAUUAUACGCACUAUGUUUGGUGAUAUUGUGAACCGACGUAUUCUCGACUAUGUUUCCUAUAUGACAAGCCCUGAACAAGUUGCUGACUAUCUCCGUGCAUUUAAGUGA